AUGUCAGUUGUUAAAGCAUGGUCAAAUUCGGAUGUUCUUGCAUUUCUGGAUGAGCAUGGAUUAUCAUCGUUCGCAUCAAAAUUUAUCGAUAAGACAAAAGUAAAACGUAACUUCAGCGGUUUUCGUACACACAUUAGGCAAAUUCAUAGCUGUAGCCCUGUGUUUCAACUUAAAUGUCCUAAAUGUGAGGAUGGGAAAAUCUUAGUCAGUCACGAAGCUUGGAGAAAACAUUUACAACGUAAACAUGGACCGGAGCAGCCAGAAACAUCGUUGAAUAAAUUUUCGAGAUUAUUUCAGUCGAGUGAAGAUGCGCACGAUAAUUUUUUAUGUUCAGAAAAUGCAGUCUCAUUCGAGGAUAAUCCUUCUCAAAACAGUGAUACCGAAGUACAACAAUCGUAUCCUGUAGAAGAUUUGAACAAACUUUAUUUACAUCUUUUGCUACAAUUAAGAGGUGAAGCUAUGUUAAGUGCUAGAACAACUCAAUUAGUUAGCAGUUCGUUAGAAAACGUUGUUGAGAGCAUUGUUGAGUCAGUUUUACAAACAUGUGCUAUUUCACGAGAUAGUCCCGAAAUUCAGCAUUUGUUAGGUUCUAUAACAUCUAUGUUUAGAGAAACCAACCCGAAUGAAUAUACAUUUAUGAAAAACUGCGACGAGAAAUUUAAUUUAGUACGUCCAGUAGAAGUUUUUUUACCUGAUGGAGGAUCUUUUGUCUAUGUUUCUAUUAAGUCAAUCUUGUCUCAUAUGUUAAAAAAUAAUGAAUUUUUCUGCGGGUUAAAGCAUGGUCUGAAACAAAACAAAUUGUAUGAAGAUACGGAUUUUAUGUUCUCGUACAGAGAUGUAGCGUCAUAUGAUGAUUCGAAAGCUGGAGCAUUUGAUGAAUCGGCAAGACAAACUCUGGAUGACGAUUUUACAUCUAAAGAACAUAUUGAUGAUUUAAAAAAAUUGGCCUUAGCAUCAAAUUCACAAAAAAUUGAUAGUGUAUUAGCUAAAAGUCGAUUAACAUUUGACUAUCGACUACAUUUCUUACAAUCUGGAAAGAGUGUUGCUGAUUAUUUAUCCGAUAAGAGCUAA